GCGAGCGAUCAUGUUUAAGACUUGCUGCUAAACAAAACGCUUGUUUUCGGUCCAGAAAUUGGAUAAACACCGACUUUCUAUGAGGAAAAUGCAAAAGAAGUGACCACAAUAUGCCAGAGGAGAGAAAAAGAGGGAAAAGAAGGAGAAAGAAAGAGAAAGAAGGAAAAGAGAUACAGUUUGAAGAAGGAGCUCAGAAAACAGAGCUCAGAAACAGAGCAUCAAACUGAAGAGAAACAAACAAGAAGAGGAUAGAGGGACUCAAGCAAGUUACAGCAAACUACUGGACACUGAAAUCAGUAAGUUUUUGCAUUUAUUACCAUAAAAUAAGUCCCAACUGAAACACUCAAGCUAAUAGCUAACAAGCUAACACUGGACUGUGGUUACCUAGCAACGGCAUCAAACAGCAGUAGUGCUGUUUUAAACACAGAAGCUUGAAGAUCAACACCUGUUUCAUGAUGUCUCCACACUCUGAAACCAUUGACUACCCCCCCCCCCCAGCUAUCAAAAGCAAAACUGCAAGGGGGGGAAAAUAUAAACAAACAUUACUUUGAGAAAGACCAGAAAUCCUGUUCCUGGACCACUACAAAGAUGGAAGAUCCUGCAAUUUAAUCUUCUGGACGGAUGAACCAUGUGCCUGGCUGAAUGUGUUCAGCUCUCAUUACCCAGCAAUAAAGAGAGCAGGCAUUUGUAAUGGAUGGAAAAUAAGUGUACUGGAAGAAAAUGACUCUGACACCACCAGAAUAACAGUAAACCUGUUCAAAAAUGGAACUGCCAUGAUACAAGGCGACCUGAGACAAUUUGAGCUUGACUUUCCUGCUAUGAGACGGAGCUGAGAAGGAGGUCCUCACAAGCAUCGCUCCAACCCUGGGAGUCAAACCUUCCUGUUCUGUCCCUGCUCCAUACAGACAGACUGCUGAUGCUGACACUGAUCCUCUCCUGCUACAGCACUCUGACAUCAUGAGAGCGCACUUCUCCCAGAUGGAAAUAGAACUGGUACAGAUCAGAGAGCAGCUGGACCAACAGCAGCCUUCCUCUCCUACUGUCAGUGACUUCCAGGCCAAGAAAGAAGAGGACAGUGUCAACUCACAGCUGAGAGAGUUUCAACAAGAACUAACUCGUCAGAGAAGACAGCUGGAUCAUCUCAGUGAGGAGGUGAAGGAACUUAGGCAGGACAGGGACAACUGCAGAACUGAGUUGGCUACUCUGAGAGAAGAGCUACAAGACAGGGACAGGCUCAGUCUACAAGCCAGACUGAACUCCACACAACCCCUUGUGCCCGCCUCUCAGAUCCAGACCACAUCCAGCCAAACUCCCAUUACACCUGCUGAAGGACAACACAGCCCUUUCCUCGAGGACUCUACGGAGGACUGUCUAUUGCGUCAUCAACUGACCCCACCCUUACCCAUGCGUGGGGAAGCGCCGCUCCUCUCACCUAGCAACCUUCACAGCUGCGGUCCAUCGGCAUGGAGACGAAUAUUUUAAUUUUGAUAUUUUACCUCUUAAUAGAGGAACUAGAGGUACAUGAUGUAUCUCAGGCUGAGAGAGGAGCCUGGCCAGUGCUACAGGAACAGGAAACUCUUUUCAUCCAUCAUCCUGCAGGCUGUCUGUGACCAUCAGGGCCACUUCAUUGACACCUACGUGGGCUGCCCUGGGUCGGUCCACGACUCCAGAGUGCUCCACUACAGCCCACUGUACAGGAGUUCACUCUACCCUCCUCCAGGGCAUUUCAUCCUUGGAGGCACAGGUACGCUGCGCCUCCAACACCCACUCCUCCUCAUCACUCCCUACAAGAGGCCAAUACAAGGUGUGGGAGCCCAGCGCUUCAACAGCCAUCACUUCAGGGCACGCUCCAUUAUAGAGUGUGCUUUUGCGAUGAUGAAGACCAGGUUCCGGGCAAUCUUCCUGCAAGCGCUGGAGGUGCACCACACCUUUGUACCUCACGUCAUAACCACAUGUGCCAUCCUCCACAACAUCUGCCUUGUGGCUGGUGACAUUGUGGCCCCAGAGGAUGAGCCUGAGGAGGACGAGGCAGAGGAUGAGGGGGAGAACGGUUUGGAGACAGUGGUGCUCCCUUGCGUGACCAGCUGUCUGCAGAGGUGUCUGCCCUGGAGGAGGUGUCCCCUGACCACCAAUAUUUUUAACAGUGAAAUGGCAGCUAUCGAUUGAACCAGCCCUGCAAACCCACUGAUGGACAAUGCAGUGGACAGUGGAGAGAUGCAUCCACACCUGCUACACACUCUGGAGACCACCCCAGAUGAUGUCCUGCUGACCAGGGUCUUUAUUGUGGUAGCCCAUCCAGGUCCAGCAGCAUCACCAGGGUCUCCCUGCUCAGUGGAAUAAUUGUUGUAAAUAGUUGUAAAUACUAAUAGUUAUAAAGACCACAGAAAAU